UGUCCUAUCACUUAUCUCCUCUGUAGGUCAUGUACUUUUUUUUUAAAAGUAGUGUUUUUCUUUUUUCAAAAAGCGUUUGAAAGGUGACGUCGUGCUUUAUAAUCAUUUUUUAACUUAAGCCAUGGUAAAAGGCAUGGAGAGUCCAGAGGAGUCCAGUGAAACAUCGGACCUCUCUGAAGAAGAGAUCAGGGAUUAUGCACUGGAAAUAGGAAUUGAUCCGGAGACAGAACCGGAACUUAUGUGGCUGGCGAAGGAGGCUAGGUUUGCCCGACUGCCUCCAGGAUGGUUGGAGCGCGAAGAUGACAGUGGGAACACCACCUUUCACAACACCUACUUGCAGAUAGCCUCAAAUGUACACCCUUGCAAAUUGCAAUACCGCAAGCUGGUGGCACAGGAACGCGACCGCAUUCAGCGCACGACUGCUGUUGUAUGCUCAGAAAGCACACAGGGCAGGAACGAGAAUGGGGAACCUAUUCAUGCGGUGGGUCUAUUUGGCAGUGGGUUCUUGAGUAUAAUAGGCAACAGACAUGAAGAAACAGCAUCUCUGACACUCUUCAGCUUUGAGGAUGAAGAUGAUGGUAUUAUCUCUGAAAAGGAGUCAAUUCCUUGUUCUUCUAACAGUGAUAUUGAGAACAUAUCUAUGAACCAGUGGGGUGAACAAUACAAGAAUACGGUGAUAGAGGCGCACGGACAUAUCCGUGGCACUGCAGCUGGCGGUGGCUUACGCGCCAAAUGGUUCCCUGAUGGAGAGGAGUUUACCAAAACACCCACGGGUCUCUUUUGCAGUGGAUUCUUGAGUGUUUUAGGCAGUGGACAGGAUGAAAUUGCUUGUUGUUCACCGUCCAGCUAUUAUGUUGACAAUGACCACAAAUAUGAAAAAGAGGCUCUCUUUGUCAGUGGCUUCUUCAGUGUUAUAGAACCUGGGGAUGAAGAAGUAGGCUGUUUUACUCAGCCCAACUCUGAUUAUGCAGAAGGCAUUGGCAUCUGUGAAAAGCUAUUGUCAGAGAAUUAUACUACCUGUGACAGUGUGCCGGAGAUGGAUGUGAAAAAAGGAAAGGAUAAGAAACCUGAGUUGACCAAAAGCCAACACAGCCAUGAUAUUGAUGAUACGUGGGACUCUGAGCAGGAUGAAGAGGAAACUGUCAGACCAACAGGACUACUGGCAAAGUUUCUGUACACCAACAAGUCUGAUGGCUGGGACAGUCAGGAGGACGAGGAUGCCAACACUGUCAAGAGCUCAGUUGAGUAUGCAGACAAAUCUGUUGGUGAAGACACUUAUCGAGUAUAUCAAGUGCAUAAACACACUCAAUGCAAUGGUGCUGUGUUGCACUCGGGAGCAGAACAAGACAAGGACAAUGAGGAGCAUAUUAACAAAACAGAGGUGGAUGACAGAGAAGGGAAUGAUGAAGAGAACAAGGCUGCUGAGAGCCCAGAUGAGUCUAGGGGCAAAUCAGAAGACAAUCUGGUGGAUCAGGGGCAUGAACACAUCGAGCACCCUGAUAAUGUACCGGACAAAGAAUCUCUCAACAAAAUGUACAGUAUUGUACAGCAGAUCAUCCUUCUCAUCCUUGAACAAGUUGCACUACAGUCACAGGAUACAACUGACAGUACUGAAAGUACAUCAGAUGAGACCACUGAGACAGAAACGUCAUUAGACACUACUGAGACAACAGCGCAACAGGAAACAACUAGCACUGAGUUAAGUCCAUUGACCGAGACGACACAGUCACCUGAAAGCCGCAGUACUGAUUUACAAGACCAACAGAGACUUGUGCAGUCGCCAAUCAUGUGCAAGGCACCGUCAGACUUUGAGUACACAGAGAAUUCUGCUGUCUGUGACAGAAAGCAGAGGAUGGAUGUCAAACAAGAGAAGACUGCCAAAUGCCAAGACAUCCAGAGCACAGAUGCCGUAUUGGACUCAAUAGACGAACAGAACAGGGACAAAGAAGAAUCUAUCAAUAAACCUAGUUUAAAAGUGCCCUGCAAGAGAAAACAUCUUUCUCCAGACCACAGAGACAGGGAUUCAUAUCCUCCAGGAGAAGAAGAAAUGUACACCAAAACUUAUAGUAGAACGACACAGCAACAGGUACCGUCAAACUAUGUGAACACUGACAGUUACGGUUACCGCGAAUGCCGGCAGGAGAUGGAUGUCAAGGAGGAUGAAGAGGAGGCUGCAAAUAGCCAAGUAUUCAUUGGUGAAGACACCAACAGUUUUCCAGUUGUUGAGGACCAGGAGGAAGAGGAACCUUUCAAAAAACCAAAGCUUUCUGGAGGAUUUAAGGACUCCAACUAUGUUGUUUACUUUGACAGUCAUCUGGCGAUAGAUUUCCACAGACAAAGAAAGGAUGGGGAUGAGGAUUCCGAAGGUACCAAAAGUCAAGAUGAGCCUGGACACGGCUCCUUUUGUAAGGAACCCAUCCAGGGCACGGAUGGUGCUAUGGGCUCAGAAGCCAAACAGGUCAAGGAAGAAGAGAGGCCUUCCAAACAAUUUGGGGAAUUGACCUGUUCUCAUGGCUACAAUACCAAAUCGCCAACUCAUCAGACACAAGUGUAUAUGGACUGCCACACUUGCGUUUGUCCUGACAAUCAGCAUGCAUGCCUUGAAGUCCAUGUCAAAGUGAAGGAUGAGGGGAAUGUGGCUGCCAAGAGCCGUGAUAAAGAGGAGCCAAGUAAAGCACAUGGACGGUUGGGAGAGGUUUUGGAAUCCAGCAAUUCUGCUUCUGAAUCGGAUUCAGAUUGUAAAGAAGGGGAGGAUAAUGACAGUGAAACUUCCAAAAGCCAAGAUGACUCGGUACAUGACCCUUCAAGUGACGAUGUCCUCGAUCACCAAGUGGAUCAGGAGCAUGAACGCAUCCAGCGCGCUGAUACUGUUAAGGACAUAGAAGCUAAAGAAGACAUGGCCAAAGCGGGGCCUAUCCAAAACCUUGGAGAUCUUUUUAUCAGUGGAUUCUUGAGUGUCAUAAGCACCAGGCAAGAAGAAUCAGUAUCUCAUACUCCACCCAGCCUGGUAAUGCUGUUGAAAAGGUUUUUGGGGCCGUUUUUGGAAUCCAGCAAUUCUGCUUCUGAGUUGGAGUCAGAUGACAAAGACAGGGAGGAUAAUGACACUGAGGCUUCCAAGAGCCAAGAUGACUCAGUAGAGGACCCUUCAAGUGACUAUGGGCAUGAACGCUUGAAGUGCAAUGUUGGGAACCUAAAAACCAAACUGGGCAAGGACAAAAAGGAGCCUAUACAAAUGCUUACAGGUUUAAGAGAUCGUGAUGCCGAUCCAACAGAGAUGGCAGGAAUGCAAGAGGUAUUGGGACAAGACGAGGUGGACGAGGAUCCAGUGAAAACUCCAAGGUUGUUGGUACAUAUUCCAGAUUGGGAAACUGGACUGGAAAGGGAUUUUAAAGAUGAAGAUGACGUUGAGAAGGCUCAUACUUCCAAGAGCCUACAUGACUGUGGGCGUUACUUUUCUGGUGAAAUUAUGAGCAGUGUCCAGGUGGAUCAGUUGUUUGAACGCAGUCAGUCUAGUGGGGUCUCUGACGUCAACCAGCACGAGGCUGAGGAACAGCCUAUCAAAACACCCGGAUCACAACCACACACCAUUAGAGCUCCCACUGUAGCCACAGAUGAGUUGCCGAGGUAUCCAUGUCUUCCACCUCUUUUGAUUAAGGUACAGACAGAGCUGUUAUUGAGGCAGGGGAGAAUGCAUUUCUGCCAGGAAGAUCUAAAGAAACAAGAGGAUGGAAAAGAGGAUCAUUUAAACAGAGAGAAGAAGGCAAGAAUGUGUCUGCGCCAGGAAAAGCUACAGAGAGAAGAACAGGAGGAAGAGGAACAGUUAGUAAUGGAAAAGGAGAAAAGAAUAAGUUUGCGCCAGCAGGAGCUAAAGAAAGAAGAGGAGAGGGAAAUGGAGUUGUUAAAAAGGGAAAAAGAGAAGAGAACACAUCUUCUACGGGAAAGGCUGAAGAGAGAGGAAGAGGAAGAGGCGCAGCAGUUAAAGAUGGUGAAGAGAAAGAGAAUCUGUGUCCUCCAGGAGCGGCUGGGUGAAGAUAAAGACGAAAAGUUGAAAAAUUAUCUGAAGCGAAGAACACAAACCCAACAGGACGCACAAAAGAAAAUGGAGCCGAUGGAGCAAUUAAUGAUGGAAAGGAGGAAUAGAAAACUUUAUGAAGAGAACCUGAAGAGGGAGGAUGGCAGCAAACCAUUGAACACAAAGAUGGAAACCAGAGCACAUCAUAGCCAGGAGGAAGAAGAUAAGGAAGAACAGUUGAAAAGUGACCAAGAGGAACUCAGUACGGAGGAAGAAAAUGAUGCUGAACAAAUAAAAAGGGAAGAAAAGUUAAGAGCACACAUAUUCCAAGAGGAGUUCUCUAGUGACGAAGAAGAGGAAGAUGAGACGUUUAAGAAGGAUAAAGACAUCCAAAGUCAGGAACAGCUCAGCAGUGAGGAAGAGGAGGUGGGACAAUUGAAGGUGGAAAAAGAGAGAAGAACUAGCUGCUGCCUGGAAAAGCUGGGGAGAGAGGAAGAGGAAGCGGUGGCACGGCUAAAGAGAGACAUUUUCAAGAGAAAAAGUCUCCUCCUGGCGGAGCUUAGUGCAGACUUUAAGAAAGAGCUGCAAUUGAGAAUACAAUUCUCCCACGACGAGCUGGAAAGGGAGGAAGAGGAGGAGCUAGAGAAAUUGAAGAGGGAAAAGGAAAGAAGAAUGCAUCAACAAAAAGAGAAACUGUUGAGAGAAGAAGAGGAUGAGGCAGUACAAUUAAAGAAGGAGAAAGAGAGAAGAAUUUGUUGCUGCCGCGAAGUGCUCAGAAGACAUGAAGAGGUGGAAGUGGAGCAACUUAAGCAGGAAAAAGAGACGAGAAUGCGACGCCACCUGCAACAGCUUGACAGAGAGGAGGAGAGUUUCUUGAGGAACGACAAGCACAUGAGAAAAAAUCUCCAAAAGGAGCCUAGCAGGGAGGCAGAAGAGGCUGAGCAAUCAAAGAGGCAAAAAGACCUGACAUGUCUUCGCCAACAAUUACGUCCAAAAAGUGAAGAAGAGGAGGAUGAGCAGUUGAGCAACGCAACUAGAACACGGCUUUGGCAGGAGGAACUAAGGAGAGAAGAAGAAGAGGAUGAAAGGAGAAACUUUAACUUACCACGAGACAGACUUCUCAGAGAGGAGGAUUUGGAUCAGCUAAAUAAGGAAAAAGACAAGAGAAUGAGGCUUUACCAGGAGACGCUGAGGAGAGAGGAAGAGGAGGAGUUGGAGUUUUUGAAGAGAGAAAGUGUAGCCAAAGUUCAUUGUCACAAGGAAGCACUAAACAGAGAGGAAGAAAAAGAGAUGAAGCAGUUAAAGACAGACAAGGAAGAAAGAAUGCGUGUUUUCCAGGAAGGGUUGAGGAGAGAGGAAGCCAAUGAAAGGGAACGAUUAAAGAGGGUAAGGGAAAGGAAAUCGUCGCCUGGCCGGAAGGAACAUUGCAUAGAGGAAAAAGGAAACAAGGAGUUAACAAGGGAAGAGACAAAACUGAAGCGCCAAGGAAUGGAUCAAAGAACAGAGGAAGAGGAGGCAAUGCGGUUAAUGAGGGAAGAGAUGCUCUGCCAUGAAGACUGUAGUAGAGAAGAGGAAGAGGAAUUAGAGGUCUUGAAGAUGGAUAUUAUGAGAAGGUGGCUGCAACAAGAGAAGGGGGGAGAAAAGCUCGAGCAGGAUGGUUUCAAGAAGGAGAUUGAGGCAAGAACACAGCUCCUCCAGGACGGGCUAAGUAAAGAGGAUGAGGGGCUGAAAAGGGAGAAGGACAAAAGAAUGUCAAGCUGCCAAAAGGAACUGAGUUCAGAGGAAGAGGAAAUGGAUGAAGCAAACCGGUUUAAUAAGAAAAAAGAAAAAGGCAACUAUCACUGGCCGCAGGAGCUCAAAGGGGAGGAUGAGGAGCAAGUUGAGAUGAAAAAUAGGGGAAGGGUAAUGAGAAGACAAUUCAGUUGGGAGGACCUGAUGAGUGGAGAAGAAGAGAAGGUGGAAGAGUUUAUUGGAGUAAAGGACAAGUUAGUGCAGCAGGAGCUAAGGAUAAAGGAAGAGAGGGAUGUGAAAGUUUUAGCAAGGGAAAAGGAAAGAAGAAUUCAUUCUGGCUCAGAAGAGUUGAAGAGAGAAGAAGUGAAGCAGUUAGAGAGGGAACAGAAGAGUAGACUCUGCAUCCACCUGGAAGAGCUGAGAAGAGAAGAAAAAAAGGAGGCAGAUGAAUUAAAGAAAGAAAAGGAAAAGAGAAUAUGUCGUCUCCUGGAAGAACUGAGGGAAGAGGAAGAGGAGGAGGCUGAGAGGUUAAAGAAGGACAAAGAAAAGAGAAUGCGCCUCCUCCGAGAGCAGCUGAGGAGAGAAGAAGAGGGAGAGCGAUUGAAUAGAGAAAAUGAAAGAAGAAUACGGCUUCAGCAAGAGGAACUGAUUGGACAGGAAGAGGAGGAGUGGUGUAGGAUGGACAAGGAGGAAAAAAUGCGACUUUACCUGGAAAAACUAAGAAAAGAGGAAGAAGAGACAGGAGAGCAAUUGAAGAUUAAAAAGGAGAAGACAAUGCAGAAUUACCACGAAGAGCUGAGGAGAGAGGAAACGAUGCAGGUGGAACAACUACGGAAGGAAAAAGAGAAGCGAAUAGGUCUUCUCCUGGAGGAGCUUAAGAGACAAGACGAUGAGCAACAGUAUAAACAGGAGAAGGAAAAUAAAUUGCAUGACUGCCAGGAAAUGCUGCUGAAAGAGGAAAAUGAUGCCGUGGAAAUCUUUAAGAGAGAGAAAGAAAAGAGAAUUAAUCGCUGUCAGGAGCAAUUCAAGCAAGAGGAAGAGGAGGAAGAAGAGUGGUUGAACAAAGAAAAAGAAAAUAGAAUACGCCUUCUUCAGGAUAAACUGAAGGAAGAGACAGAGGAGUUGAUGGCAAGAUUGAACAAUGAGAAGGAGCAUAGAAUGCGUCUUCGACAAAUAGAUCAGAAGGGAGAAAAAGAUGAGAAGAUGCUGAAGACUGAAUACAAAGAAAGGCUGAGGUCUCUGCGACAGUGUAUUCUGGCCAAGAAAAGAGAAGAGGAAGAGCUGUUGAACAAGUUAUCUGGCCAGAAAGAAUUACAUCACUCUGUACAGAAGGAUCGAGAUGAAAAAGAAAUAAGGCUCAGAGAGGACCGAGAAAAUGUUCUCAGAGAGAUUUGCCUUGCGCUAGAAGAAGAACGGCUGGUCGAACAUGGUAUGAUAAAAGCUCAAAGGAGGCCGUACUUUGAGGAGCUGAGGUCAGAGUCAGACGAUGAGCUGCAAGUACUGAAAACCAGACUACGUGAAGAGCGAAAAGAGGGCCUGAAUUUUUUAUCACAGGAGGCACGAGCGAUUAUGCUGGAUUCGAGCUUCUGCAGCUCUUUUGAUCCACUGGGUGGAACAGUUUUGGGGUCCCAACAUCACAUAUUAGGUGGUUUGGGACCAAUUCAUGUGAACACCUCCCAUUUUUCAUCCUUAAACCCAACUCUGUCUCUUGCUCUCUCAAUGCCCGCCUCUGCCAAUUGCCCUGCUUAUAGACCCAUGCAUCCCUCAUUGAGUACUCCCGAGCAUCUUCCCGGACCCGUAAGAACAGCUGCCCGUAUCGACCCAUUAAUCUCUGCUCCCUACAUAACAAAUCCUCUGGGGUACUGUGAUCAGCUGAGCCUAAAUAACUUUAAUGAGAUCACAGUUCAUCGAUUCCAAAAACAAAGCGCAAACUGGAUUCCUUUUGUACACAUAUAAGAAAAUGAGAAUAGUCUUGUAUAGCCCAUUGGAUAUUAUUUGCAAAAAAGCUUACCAUUACUGAAUAUGCAUGGUUCAAAGAACUAGUCAGAAGCUCCUCUCCAGCACAUCCUCUGAUCUGCAUUUCUAAUUGAAGAUUCACGUCUGUCAGUCUAUUGGACAGAUGAAACCAGAAUUGAGCAUUUUGGCAUUGACUUGGCCAAAUGCUGAUUAUGACCCCAACGACGCCUUCCUACAACUACAUUCAUUUUUGGGGCUUUUUUCUGCUGUGGAUACAGGAAGGCUUUACUGUAUUGAAAGACCAACGAACAAGCCCAUGUACGGUAGAUUAUUGGAUAAGAACGUCCUGGCUUUAACACUGAAGAUGGCUAAUGGAUGGUUCAUCAGGCUUGACAAUGGACAACAACAAAGGACUGACUCCAAAAGAAGGACAUUAUGAUGCUGGAGUGGCCGACCAGCCUCCAGACCUUAAUCCUGUUAAACAUUUGUGGAGGGAUUUGAAACUGGAAAGUGACAGCCCCGUUGAAGCCUUUAGGAUGCGAAGGAUAUCUGUAAGAGUGGACCAAAAUCCCUCCUUAGAUAUGCUUAAACCUGGUGACCUUACAAAAAAGGUUUGACCUCUGUGCUUGCCAAAUCUUUACUUGAGAACCAAAUAUUUAUAAUCACUGAAUACAAAUUAUUAUAUAUUUUUAUAAACUUUGUUUUAAUGGUUUUCCAGAUUUUUUUCAUAUAUAUUUGUAUUAACUUUGUUUUAAUGGUUUUCCAGAUUUUUUUCAUAUAUAUUUGUAUUUACUUUAUUUUAAUAUUUUUCUAGAUUGUUUUCAGUGUUAAAAUCAAUCUUUUAUAAUAUUGUUUUUUAAUUUAAUUUGUGAUUAAUUAAUGAUCAUGAUUAUAAUUGGAAUACAACACAGUAUACCAAUUUUAGACAGACAAGAAAUACCAAAAGCCUAUUUGUGAAACAUUAAAUGCAGUGGUACCUCAGUU